GUAGUUUGCAACCAAGUCUGCAUUUCAGUUAAUUUGGAGAACUGCAUUUAUGUUACCUAACAGUAGCUAACCGUUAGCGAUAGCUGUCGCUAAAAUAGGCUAGUGUAGUGUGGCCAUGAAAGCCUUGCCCGCAAGAUUCGAUUAGCAAGCUAACUUUGUGAUCUUAAUAUCCUAAAUGUAAGGGUGAACCAAUUCGGCUGAUAUUCAGCAGUUAAAAUGCAAGGCAACAGACAAGGACCGCGUCCGGAUCAGCAGAACCAUGGACCUCCACAGAGAAGGCCUAAUCAUAUGGACCAACAGAGGAGAUCAGGUGGCGACAGUAACGGACAGCAUUUGGAGAAUUGUGAGCCGCCAAGCGCAAAUGCUGGCAUAACCAUCGACCUUCAGAACUUUCGCAAGCCGGGAGAGAAGACCUUCACUCAGCGCAGCAGAUUGUUCGUGGGCAAUCUCCCAACUGGCGUCACAGAGCCGGAGGUGGAGAAGCUCUUCUCAAAAUAUGGCAAAGCCUCUGAAAUCUUCAUCAACAAGGACAGAGGAUUUGGAUUCAUCCGGCUGGAAACCAAAACGAUGGCAGACAUCGCCAAAGCAGAGCUCGAUGACACCGUGUUCCGUGGGCGCCAGAUCCGUGUGCGGUUCGCCACGCACGGCGCAGCACUGACCGUGAAGAACCUGCCACAAUUUGUCUCCAACGAGCUGUUGGAGGAAGCCUUCUCCAUGUUUGGCCAGAUCGAGCGUGCCAUCGUGAUUGUGGACGACCGUGGGCGUCCCACAGGGAAGGGAAUUGUGGAGUUCACCUCGAAGCCUGCGGCCCGCAAAGCACUGGACCGCUGCUCAGAUGGAGCUUUCCUGCUUACCUCAUUUCCCCGUCCAAUUACUGUGGAACCGAUGGAACAGUUAGAUGAUGAUGAGGGUCUGCCAGAGAAACUUGUCAACAAAAAUCAACAAUGCCACAAAGAGCGUGAUCAGCCGCCACGCUUCGCCCAGCCGGGCUCCUUUGAGUACGAGUAUGCCAUGCGCUGGAAGGCCCUGCUGGAGAUGGAGAAGCAGCAGUUCGAGCAGGUGGACCGCAACAUCAAAGAGGCCCAGGAGAAGCUGGAGGCUGAGAUGGAGGCCGCACAGCACGAGCACCAGGUCAUGAUGAUGAGGCAGGACCUCAUGCGUCGGCAGGAGGAGCUGCGUCGCAUGGAGGAGAUUCACAACCAGGAGGUGCAGAAGCGGAAGCAGCAGGAGCUGCGCAUAGAGGAGGAGCAGCGGCGGCGGGAGGAGGACAUGCGUCGCCACAACGAGGAGAUUAUGAGGAGGCAGCAGGAGGCUGGCUUCAAGGGAGGCAACUUUGGAAACCCAGAGAAUAGGGAGCAGGACAUGAGGAUGAUGCCAGGUCCUGGGGGGAUGCCUGGGAUGAACAGGAACCCAUUGGCAGGCAAUGCUGGCAAUGUACCCAAUGCUGGAAACAAUGAGGGUGCUGCAGGAAACCCUCCCAUGCCAGUGGGGGGCGCUCUCUUCCCCAGGGGCCCCCCAGGACCUGCUGACUUUGCCCACAACAAGCGCCGUCGAUUCUGAGACCGUACAUUUGGUUUGUUUGUUUUUGUUGUCCUUUUUUCUUUUUUCUAUCUCAUUUUGUAAGUCCCUUUGUACACUGUAAUUUUUGUUUUCUCUUUAAGUUACAAGCCACAGACAGGAUAUUUGUAAAGCAGUAUAAUUUUUUUUUUAAUUGAAAUAGCGAACUGUUCUUUUUAUUUUCUAGAUCUUAUGUUUUAUGCUGCCUUUGUAUAGACAUGAUUUGCUUUUCCCCCACUUGUAUUUUGAAGAUCAACAUACUUUUAUAUAGUAGUAGGUACAGUCUGACAUUAUGCUUUUAACAACCUUUAUUAAAUCCUUACAUGUUUUGGGAAA